AUGGGUUGGUUUGGAAGAACAGAAAAGCCCCAGGAGACUACUAUCCUUCCAGGAGAUCAGAUUCAUCAAAAAUCCCAUCAACCUCUACAGAUUGUUCCAGAAUUAGUUCAGACCAUUGAAACGUUGAAUGAACCAGUGACUCUUCAUCAACACAGCCAAGACAUAGAGGGAUUUGUCAACGAAAGACCUGCCAACACGUUCAUCAUUGAUGGAGAUAAGGAUGGCAGUCAAAGUAUCAUUUGUACUGACAAUGGCAAUGGAGGCAAGACAUGUUUAAAGUUGGGCUUGUCCUCAAUACAAUUGUUUAAGAAGAUGCAAUCAUUGGAAUACUUUUGUUCAUUACCUGAUGACAUUAAUGCUACUUAUUUUGAGUGUCGGAAGAUUACAUAG